AUGGCUUCACAACAAGAACCAGAUCCUGGGUCUGGAAAGGAGUAUCUCAACAGGAUAUACUCUUUACCAAAGACCCAACAGUCUGUCUCUUCAUCACCUUCAAUAAUCCAACGUAUUUGGAACAAGAUGGCUCCAGCGUUGUCCCUGCUCGCAGCUUCGCUCCUUGCUUUCCGCGUGGUCAGCGGUAAAAAUGAUGAUCAUCGUCGCGCUGUCCAACCAAACUUUGUUUUCAUCAUGACCGACGACCAGGACCUCCAUUUGAACUCACUCGAUUACCAACAGAUUGUCCAGAAUCAACUGAUCCAGAAGGGUACCAUUUUCAAGAAACAUUACUGCACCAUCUCGAUCUGCUGCCCGUCUCGAGUCUCCCUCCUUACAGGAAAGGCCGCUCACAACACUAAUGUGACGGAUGUGAAAGCUCCUCAUGGUGGAUAUCCCAAGUUUAUUAGCCAGGGACUGAAUGACGCGUAUCUGCCGGUUUGGCUUCAAAGCGCUGGAUAUAAUACUUAUUAUACUGGCAAGCUGAUGAACCAGCACAAUACCCAUACCUACAAGGCGCCCUUUGCCAAAGGAUGGACGAGAUCCGACUUCUUGCUCGACCCUGGUACCUAUCGAUACUUUGACGGUAUUAUGUCUCUGGAUUACCAAGUGCCCAGGAGCAUCAAGGGGCUAUACUCGACCGACGUCGUGGCCAAUCGGUCCCUGGAAUUCCUCGAAGACGCUAUUACCGCUGGAAAGCCCUUCUUCCUAGGUGUCGCCCCCGUUGGUCCCCAUGCCAAUACGGAUGAAAAGGGCUUCACCAAUCCAAUUCCAGCCGAUCGACACAAGCUAUUGUUCCCAGACGUCCGAGCACCCCGAACCCCUAACUUUAAUCCAAGCACGCCCGGUCACGUCAACUACCUCAAGAACCUUCCGCAAUUUACCCCCGAGCAACUUCAAUACAGUGACCAUUUCUACCGCGCCCGCCUGCAGGCCCUUCAGUCUGUCGACGAGCUGGUCGGCGGCCUCAUCGCCAGGUUAGAAGAGAGCCCAGAAGUACUUGCCAAUACCUACAUCAUCUAUACCAGCGACAAUGGGUACCACAUCGGCCAGCAUAGAAUGCCCCCGGGCAAGACGUGCAACAUCGAAGAAGACGUGAACGUGCCAUUUAUUGUUCGCGGCCCCGGCGUAGCACCAGGCAGGGAAGUCACUUUCCCGACGUCUCACACCGACAUUGUCCCUACAGUGUUCAAACUCGCCGGUAUUCCUCUUCACGAAGACUUUGACGGAGUACCCAUUGCCGUCACGUCCGCGGCCCAGGAAACCCAGACACGCAAAAGUGAGCAUGUCAACAUCGAAUUCUGGGGCAAUGGUAUAGUUGAAGGUGAGGCAUUCCGCGCUCUGAUUGGUAAAUUGACCAAGAAUACGUACAAGACCAUCCGUGUCGUGGCAGGAAAUUAUGAUUUCAUGUACGCCGUCUGGUGCACCAACGAGCAUCAGCUGUACGACAUGAAGACGGACCCUUACCAGAUGACCAACCUCUACGGGCUGCAGGGCAACACUUCUGGCUAUGAUAUCGCAAAGCUCUCUUCUCGUUUGGAUACACUGCUGCUGACGCUCAAGAGUUGCAAGGGCAAGGUCUGUCGUGAACCAUGGCAGACUCUGUUCCCUACAGGGGGUGUGACCAACCUUGCCGAUGCUAUGAAUACGGCAUACGAUGACUUUUUCCUCACGCAGCAGCAUAAAAUUACUUUCACUGAGUGCGGAUUGGGUUAUAUCCCUGAAUAUGAGGGUGCGUUGGAACCCAUUAUCUAUGAUGAUGGGACUGGAUUUGUGUCGCGCAACAAUUGGGAGGAUUGGGUCUAA